AUGGACCAAUCUGACCAGCCAUCCGAAAUUCAAGGCUGUCCUGAAGAGUCACCUGAAGAAGCUCUCAUGGCAUCCUUUAGGGUUGCUGCUGAAUCCGUUGCACAACUUUAUAAAACCGCUUUAAACCAAACAAAACGUUAUGACAGUGGUUAUGAACAGUGUCUAAGAGAUUUGAUGGAAUUUGUUGCGUCACACCCUAGUGUUCAAAGAAGCCAACAAACUGGAGGUGAUGGUAGAGACGCGUUCAUAUCGGUUGAAGAUUUGUGUAAAUUUGCCCAAUCCAAAACCGAGCAAUUGAAAUCUAUAUCUCGUCGCAAUAGAGAAUAUAUUAUGAAUUCUAAUAUCAUGUAUCAUCCUAGCCAACACGAAAUUGACAGUAUUGAUACGGGACAAGAGGGUGGUAUUGGCAUCUUGGCCGGAAAUGAUUCCUUGAAGAGACGAUACGGAGGAUCAACCGACAUGAAUUUUCUUGGACGUCCUUUAGAAUAUUCAUUCUUUGAACCACCGACCAAGAAGGGAAGGCCUAAUUUCAUUGUAG